AUAGUCAGGUUUGCCAAACUCACCACCCAAACCCCUCUUUUUCGAAUAAAAUAUUCCCUUCUCUUUCUCUUUCUGGAACUUCUUCCCUCUCUCUCUCUAGAAAUUCCUCUCUCUCCCCCACUAGCAGAGCGCACAUUCUCUCUCUACUGCGCGUGAAUGGCGGCAACCACUUCUAGAAGGCACUCCAGUGGGCCAAUGAUGCGGUCGCUGUCCCCCUCUGGCCGGUUCUACUCCCGUGCCUCGCCGUCGGCGGCCUCCGCUGCGGCGUCCGGCUUCGCGUCGUCCAGCUCCAGCUUCGCCGCCCGUCCCUCUGCCGCGACCUCUUUCCUCCAGAGAUCCGCCUCGCCGACGCGCGUCAACAUGUACGGCGCCCCCGCGCCGAAUCCGUCCGUGCGGUUCUCGCUCGACCGGUCAACCUCGCCGAGCCGCCCGAUCUCCGUCAAGCAGAGGAACCGGCAGGCCGUGAGGGGGAGCGGCGGGCCGAAGACUCCCCGGCGGACGUGCAUGUGCUCGCCGACGACGCAUCCCGGCUCGUUCCGGUGCAGCCUCCACAAGAACUGCCCCUCCUCCCCGGCCGGGGGCGCGAGCUACUCGCCGAACAGGUUGAACGCGAGGAGGUCCGCGAUGACGAACUCGCUCGUGAGGAUCGGUGGCGUGGAAGGAGAUCUGGUGAAGCGAGCCUUGGCGGCCCUGAUCCGGCCGUCGUCCCACCAGCAGAGGCGGCGCGCUGCUUUCCAGUCGCGGCCGAGCAGGUUAUCAGUAAUGUCCAGGGCAGAGGAUUCCUAAUUUUGUUUAAAUAAUUCGUACUACAGUCAUCGGAUCUGCGAAUUUUCCGGCGAGCGGCAAUUGCAGCGGCGGUGGCGGCAGCGGAUCAAAAGCCUCAUCAGCGCCAGAUCUGGCUUGAGUUGCACGGACGAUCGGAUCGGACAUGGCCUUUUAGCAUUCUCCGGCGACCGAGAAGCCCUAAGAUCUGACACAAGGGAUACACAGUUGUGUACAUAUACAUAUAAUCCCCCAUAUAUAAUACUCAAUCAGGUUCUGGACUCCUUA